AUGUCUAGACCCGAACCUUCAGAACCUACCUCGACGGGUUCUCCGCUCUUCGGCCGCUCGUCCUCGCAGGGAGCUACUUCCAACCAUGGCUUCCGCUCUAGGCGCCCUCAGGAGCUGGACGGUGCCACAUCGAUGUUGAGAGCUACUUCAAGAGACGAGAAAGAUGGCGAAAGAUCAUCAUUCGGCUCACCCAGUCGAGAGAUCCCUUUCGCCCACAUGCGUGUGCAUUUCGAGGACUUCGCCAAACAACUUCGCCUGCAUCGACACCAUGAGUAUCGGAAGCGGAUGCUCUACCACCAACGAGACCGUCUGCGGAAUGCUAUCGCUCUCUCGGGUCGUUUACAGCGCGUGGGCUCCUGGGUGCAUGACGGACUGGUUCAAAUCUCCCAGCAGUUGGAUCCAAGUGGCUUUACCAGGGUCCAUCAACACAUGCAAGAUCUGGUCACCCUUUGUCAUACUCAGUGGAGCUAUGAGAUCCACGCUUUUGACUCGACCUCUACCGUGACCUCCAAAACGGCAAAGAAGGAUUCUUUUUUUGCGAGGUUAUCACCUAACAUCCAGGAAGACUGUCUCGAACUCAUACAAACCUUGCGCAGCAAUCCCCGUUUUCUUGUCGAGAGGCUCAAGGUAAUGAGCCCUGAACAGAUCAAGGGUCUCUCCACCUCACCCAAAUUCAAAAAGCUCCCAGAGUCGGUUCUCGUAUCACUAUCGCAAAACCGCGGUCGCGAAUCGCAGCGCAGGCGGCCUAGAACUAAUUUCAAGGAGUUUGAGGACGAUACACAGUUGAUACGGAGUAAGGCCUAUUCCAAGGAGCUUGAAGACUACGCAUCGUCUUUUGAACGGUCGAAUCCACUAUCGUUUCUGGUCCACAACAUUUAUGGCUCUACCCAGGAUAUUCUCAACAACGAAAGCCAACUACGACUUUAUACGUGGUCGACAAUUUGCGCGAGUUUAAUGCUGGAAUCUGGAUCGACGUACGACGCGAUUAUUGGCGAAGUCUUGUCCGCAUUUGCACACAUGUACGAAUGGCAGAUCAAGGACCGCCUGGAAAUAUUCCUGAUGGGUAGUUUACAGCGAGGGGCGUUCUUAUACAAUUCUCUGGACAGCGCGGCUGCGGCUGCGAGGACGGAUUUCGGGACCUUCGAUCCAUCAAACACUCCCCAAGCACAAGCUUUCUUUGAUGCAGAGGUCAAAGAGCUUUUCCAGAUCUUGUGUUGUGACGGAGGUAUACCCACGGGCGCGCUGUGCUUGGGUCGGGCGAUUAUAGGGAAACUUCCCACGGUGGAGAGCCAGAGCACUUUUCGGGGUCAAUUCUUUUUCAGAUGGUUCUUGCAAGAUUUCCUGCGCAUUGCCAUCUCUUUCCCAGAGGAUGAAAAAAUGCUCCUUCAAUUCCACAUCAAUAGCCGGGCUCGGUUGCAUCUCCUGCACAAGCUGUGGGAUCGCGCAGUUGCCCGUGCCUCCGAGACUUUCAGCUCAAUGACCGCACAACAUGUCGAUCCAGAUAUUCAAAACUGUGUAAACGGUAUUGUCAGCCGAAUCUCCGCGGACACCCACUGCUCCAAUCCGUAUCCGGCGAAAACUCCCUCGAAAACCAUUGUCGAACCCACUGGCUCAUCUUACAUAUCAAUUUGCGCUGCAGACAUUGCUCACCUGCUGGAGAGACUGAGACCGCAGAUCCUCCACUCCUCAAGUCCUUUCGGCCCGUUCUUGAGCUCUUCACAAACGACGUUCAAUAUGCAAUAUUCUCGGUCCAGUCCCAAAUUUGAACGGCUGUGCAGACGUAUCCUGGAUGUCAUCGAGCCUGGCCAUUCGUCAAAGAACGUGCACCCGCGCUCAGAAGACUGGGCGUUGCUUUUGGUCUCGGAGACAGGGAAAAUAUCGACUGCACCGACCGAAUUACCGAUGGAGAAAUCAGCCAUUAUAGAAGGUCUGGGUGAACUCGAUGAAGCGGAAGGCGCCGCGCUUCUCCUGGCAGACCGACCGACGAUCCUGCACAACCGACAGUUCGCAGAUCAGAUACCAGUCAAAGGAGCGAACAACCUCAGCCUGGCCCAAAUGUUUGCCGCUCAAGCUAAUAUGUCUCACAUAAAAACCGACAGCAUCACCUCCAUGUACUGGCACGAUGCGCUCAAAUGCUUGCGGACCUGUUACCCACUGACAGUCUUGACGGGCGAUGAUACAAAGGUGCUUGGACCAUUGACGAACAAACUAAUGGGAUGUCGACAGGAGCUCGAAAAUCAAUGUCUGGAGGUGGAGCAGGAAGUGGCAGGACUCGCAGCAUCCUAUACUAUUGCAAGAGAAGAUCUAACCAAGGCGUCAGGAUGGCUUGAUAAACUUCGAAUCAAAUUGUGGUACGAGAGCAACGUGCUGACCGCAAACAUCUACGACAAUGCCAGGAAUAUCACGGUUGCGCUGAACAACAUGGCCCUGCCGCCCCUACAAAGAUUUGCGCUUGCUCAGGAACCAACUGUCUUAUUGGAGCCAAGCCGACCGGGCACUUCUGCGACGUCGACCUCAUCAAUCUUUGAUCGGCCAAGAAUUGACACCAUGACGAUCCUGAAAGCGCCCGUGGAAUUCGGCGGGCCCAGGAAGCUAUCAGAUCCACAGAUUGAGAAGACCAAAAAGUGGCUUGAGCGGAAUCACGUGGAAAAUUUCUGUCGAGGCGAAGAGAGAAUCCAUCGAUUCUGCAUGGAGGUCAAGCUGGUCACCAGGAAAUUGGUGGGAGAGACCUUGGCUGACAGUCCCGUCCUUUGGUCCAGCGAACUCUUCGCGAGGGAAAAAUCUCUGUUUGACAUCCACGCCGUUUAUGGAGGAUUUCCGAGCACCAGGCCCCCAAGUGUGAUGAGUGAGCCGCUUUCAUCCACUUCUUUCCCAAUACGCGCAACGUUCUUGAGCUCAAGGUCAUCGAUCUAUGGCGGUUCGAGUAGACUAGGAAAAGACGGCUUGGGUAGUGACAUGGCCUCAUUCAUUAGCUCACCGGGACGAGCAACCACUUCCACCACUCUAGAAAGCAGCAUCUGGUCACCCGCUCAAUCGAACUCCAGGUCAGUCACCUCAGCUUCUGUACAGUCCAGGCCAUCAUCGACGUUUGAAGACGUCGCAUUGAACCGACCCCUCGACCGUGGUCACGAAAAGGCCAACUUUUUGGAGAGCUUGCGACAAGACCUGACCUCGCUGUUACUCUCGGAUCUUGGGUGCCCAGUGUGGAGCUGUGGAAGUGAAAGCGAUACAUGGAUGAAUGCAGCGUGGCAAACCCCGGGAAUUCUCGACCGAUUACAGCAGCGUACCGUUCUGGCUCAGCUGCUCCCUUCUCAGUCCAAAACUGGAGGCUCCACGAAGACCUCCCGCUCAGAAAGCACGAGGCAAAAGAAAGGGCGAAGUCAGAGCGCAGCGCCGCUGCCGCGCUUGCCGGCCAACUACCACCUAACCACUACCCCGGGAUCACUGGAAAAACUACUUAGUAAUGCCAAUGGGGAGUCUCAUACAGGGAGCUUCCCAUAUAUGACAGCAUUCGACGAUGUUCUCGGUCGAGUGAGGGAUCACACAGAUCCCAUUUUGAAACUUAAGGCUAUUCGCGAUUUCCGAACCUUGUCACAAGCUUUUCAACGAAGUCUCCAAGAAGCCAUCCACAAGGCUGACUCUGCGGGGCAAGCCAUUGAUUCUCAAGAUCCGGCACGAAGGCGCAGCCUUGACCCGAAGGUCCUGUCAUCAAACAUGAAGCGCCAACAGCGCCAGAGUCGGAUUCGGACGCCCGGUGUGGCUGAGACCUCUUCUGGAGAGAACGCCACGGUCGAGUUCCUAAAAGACCUCCUCUUCGUCCUCCGGCCGAAGACGAUUUUUCGGGAUCUGCAGUACAUUGCCGCAUUCGUGUCGUCAGAGACACUGGACGAUACGGAGCUGGGUCCUGCAUUUCUCCACGUGGGACUGGCAGCGUUGGCAUGGAAAGACGAAGUAUGUCGUAGCAUGGUCGACGUCGCAGAUCGAAUUGUUGCCAAAGACGCCAUCAAAAGAAACGUAUCCAGUGGCUCUCGCCGGGAGCCGUCGGUGCUCAAAGCAAUGGAGUACUGGCUUAUCGGCGCUCAAGAGGGCAACGCCAUUGCACAACGGGAGUUGGCAAGCCUAUAUCUCACCCAUCCAGAUGUGCCUCCGAUCGUUAGUCUCCCGCUCGCAUUGUCGUCGGAAAUUUUCAAGAGCGAAAUGAGGUGGAAAGAGGAGGCGGAAGAAGAAGAAGGGUGGCGUCGCAAUAGCCAGGCGCUAUGCCUCGCCCUGCACUGGAUGCAGGAGGCUGCCAAAAACGGAGAUACCGUGGCUCAGACCAAACUGGAGGAGCGCGAGGCAGGCCGUUCAAUUCGAUGA